AGUGGAAAAGCGACCCGCUUCAACAUGCCCCCUCGCAAGAAGAAAGGCGUCGCCGCCGUCAAGAAGCCCACAAAGGCCACCAAGUAUGUCUACAUCGAUUCCGCCAGCGAUGAGUCUUCUACGCCGCCCAUCGCCAGCGAGGACGAUCGUGAGAACGAGGACCCUUCGCAGAGGAAGGGCAAGAAGACCAAGUCGCGUCGCAACCAGCAAGAAGCGCAAAAGCUCUCUAGUACCGACGUCCCGUCGCCGGCUACUCCACAGCUGCACCAUGGUUCCGGCCGCCCAGAUCGAACUCGCCAAGCAUCCCGCAGUGGUCUCGAAGCUGCACAAAGCAUUCCAUCACGCAACCCCGACUUGGAAAACAGCUUGUUUGGAGAUUUGAACAAAGCCGCUCGCAACGGCAGCCAUCAUCCCACAACUUCACAUCAACGUACACCGCCUCGCUCCCAAUACACUCCUUCCCCCCCUCCAAGCCAGAGCCUUGCACCCAAACCUCUCAAACCUCUCGCAAUUCGACCUGCCUCUCACUCGCAAACCACCGACCCACCGGAGAGACCACACUCAGGCCUAGAAACCAGAAAUUAUCAAGACGAAGAGACCAACGACAUGUCUUCAGCCUACGUCCCACCCAACCAGCAGCGUCACAUGCGCGCCUGCAUGGUCUGCUCCAUCGUCCGCACCGAGCAACAAUUCCGAACCCACGGCUGUCCCAACUGCGAGCCUUUCCUCGAACUAGCUGGUAAUACCGAUCAGAUCCAGGACUGUACGAGCCAAGUUUUUGAUGGGCUGAUGACCGUUGUCGACACGAGCAGAAGCUGGGUGGCAAGAGCGCAGCGCUUGGAAGGAUACGUGCCCGGUGUGUAUGCGGUGCAGGUCGAAGGCGUUCUUCCAGAAGACGUACUUGCCGCUGUGGAGAAUGCGGGCGUCAACUAUAUCCCCAGGGAUGGAAGCGUGAACGAGGCACUGCCUACAGAGGCUUAG